AAACUAAAUUGAAUCAAUAAUGUCAAAAAUGUCAAAAUCUGAUCAAAGACUCUCACACAUUUUUAGAAAAUCGAAAAGAAUAUGUUCAAUAGAGGUCUCUUCCAAGAAAGAAAUCAAUUAUUCUCGAGUCGAUAAAAUUCCAUGCAACUUUUGUUCAGUUAUCUGGAUUGGUACUUAUAAUAAACCUCCCGAAGAAAUAGAACCUUUGGUAACAGCUGCAGAACUUAUAAAAAGAGGACAUCCAACCGUUGUCCAUAUAUCUGCAAGGAAUGUUACCAAGAAAACUAUUUCAAAAAUCUUAGAACAUGCCCGUGCGAUUGGCGUGAGGAACUUCUUGGUAGUACGAGGUGCUGCCCCAGAUUGUCAUCUGGAUCAAUCGAAAUAUGACUUUCCUUAUGGUCUUGAUCUGAUCAAGUACAUCAGAGGCAAAUACGGGGAUUACUUUGAUAUUUGCGUGACUGGAUACCCCUACAAGCAUCCGGAAAGUAAGACAAUUGAAGAAGAUAUGAAAUAUCUAAAACUAAAGAAUGAUGCUGGGGCAAAAUAUAUAAUUUCUCAAGCUGCGUUUUCCUACGAUAUCUACAGAACAUUCCUGAAAAACGUCCGAAAAUUCGAAAUCACAAUGAAUAUCAUUCCAGGGGUUUACGUUAUAAGAUCGGUGGUUGAUUUCUGCCUAUUGAAAAAAUUGUGCAAAGUCCCUACAAACGAUCCUAUUGUACAGUUCAUAAAAGAUCACAAAGAAUCAGAAGAGGAAAUUGCAGCUUAUGGUAUUCAAUUAUCUAACGAUAUAAUUAAGAAAAUAUUACUCGAUGAAGAUUUUUGCCCACCUCACAUAUAUACAAUGAACGAGUUCGACGCUGUCCAUAAUUUCCUUAGCAAUAUGAAACUUUAGAAAUGAGGCAUUUUGGAAACCUCUUCUUUCCAAAUUCCCAACAUUACUCGAUAUGUUUAUAUUCCAAGUUAUAUUCAUGAAGUACAAUAAAAAAAGUUGUUUUUAUUAUUAA